AUGUUUAAACUGAGCCGGCCUCGGGAGUUCGGGGCAGGGGUGUUUAUCUUGACUGUGAUAUUCACCGUGAUCAGCACCUUCUCUUUGCUCAGAUUCCGAUCACAGACGGCCAGUCAGCAUUUGAGGCGAGAGAUCUUGGAGCUGAGUGAGAAGUAUGUGCUGGCCUUGAUCCAAGAAGAGUCGGACGGUACCCCUGGAAGUUCUGUCGGCGGUGGGCCUCAUUCAGGGGGUCAGUUCACACAACACGACCUUAGCCGGACGAUCGCUGUUGUGCUUGAGGAUGUCUUAACACGUUUAGAACAUCUGGAACAUGUAGUGAGGAACAAAACAAACUGCUCACAGCGACCGGAUGUUGUCAACGAUCCGGUAACGAACAAGAUUGACUCGGAUCAUCCGAGCAGGUAG